AUGAAAGACAUGGACAAUAUCAAAACUGUAAAGAAUGAAUGGAUGUGCAAAUCGGGAACCGAUGAUCAGAUUUUGAAUGGUACAGAACAGAACUGUGACUACUUUGUAGAUAACCUUUUUGAAGAAGCUCAGAAGGUUGGUGCUAUAUGUAUGCCCCCAACUACAGUCAAGAACCAGGUUGAUGUAAUCAUUAAACUUUGGAAAAAUGGGUUUACAGUAAAUGAUGGUGAACUUAGGAGCUACACUGAUGUUGCAAACCAGCAGUUCUUGGACUCGAUUAAAAAAGGGGAACUGCCUUUUGAGCUACGAAAAGUUUUUGAUAAGGAGGAGGUAGAUGUGAAAGUGGAAGACAAAAAAGAUAAGGUGUAUUUGUCAUCAAAAAAGCCAAUGUUUCAUCCCUUUUCUGGACAUGGUUACAGAUUAGGAAGUGCUACUCCAAGGGUAAUCUCUAAAGUAAGAGAUGAUCAUCAAGGACCCGACAACAAAAGACACCUGCCUUUAGUACCCUUAAAUGAUUUGGAGCCUAUCACUAACAUCCAGAUCUGGUUAGCUGAUGGGGAAAGGAUAAUUCAGAAAUUCAAUGUUUCUCACAGAGUAAGCCAUGUCAGAGACUUCAUAACAAAGUAUCAAGGAUCAGAGGCAAGUGUUCCCUUCACACUGACCACUUCGCUGCCGUUUCGAGAGCUGCGAGACGAGACACUCACACUAGAGGAAGCCAAGUUGCAAAAUGCCGUUGUUGUUCAGAGACUUCGGAAAACAACUGAACCUUUCAGACUCUUAAUGAUAAAAGCACCUGACAAUGACUAUAAAACUGCUGCUACACCUAAUGGACAGCUCAAGAAUGAGCAAAAAAACGCUAUCAAAAGUACAAGAUCAAAUUAGCUUUUAACUGGCCAAAAACUACAUACAGGUGGAACUAGGCAAAACCAAAAAUGUAACCAGCAAUAUCUGGAUGCACUCUCAUCCUCACGUACUGUGCUCUUAGAGAGCAAAAUGUGUGCUGUGCUAUCAUGUGCUAUAACAGAAGUAUUUUCAGCUAAAUUUGGUGGUCAGAGCCUGGCUAUAUAACAUAGCAGAGGUAACUGUACAACAGGUCACCCUUAGAAUUUCCUUAG